UUUCUCAACAAACACCAAUUAUUUUUUGGCUUGCGCAGAGGUGUUCUCCAUUCCUCCACGCUCUUCCUUCCCUGCUCCAAUUCCGGCGGGGUUCUGUUAUUCUUCUUCAUCCACCUUUCUGCUAAUUCCGUAAUGGAACCGUCGUCUUCGUCAAAUUCUAUGAAAGUUUCGCCGCUCGAUCUGAUGUCGGCGAUCAUCAAGGGCAGAAUGGACCCGUCCAACGCGUCUUCAGAAUCGGCGGCUGAGGUCGCCACCAUCCUGCUCGAGAACAGAGAGUUCGUCAUGAUAUUGACCACCUCCAUCGCGGUGCUAAUCGGCUGCGUCGUUGUACUCGUGUGGCGUAGAUCGAGCGGCCAGAAACCCAAGCCUGUGCAGCCUUUGAAGCCGUUGAUUGUCAAGGAGCCUGAAGUCGAAGAAGAUGACGGUAAAAAGAAGGUCACUAUCUUUUUCGGCACUCAAACCGGCACCGCCGAAGGUUUCGCUAAGGCGUUAGUUGAGGAGGCAAGAGCGCGUUAUGAAAAGGCGACCUUUAAAGUUGUUGAUUUGGAUGAUUAUGCUGCCGAUGACGAUGAAUACGAGGAGAAGUUAAAGAAGGAGAGUCUGGCUUUCUUCUUUUUGGCUACAUAUGGAGAUGGAGAGCCAACUGAUAAUGCUGCUAGGUUCUAUAAAUGGUUCACAGAGGGAAAUGAGAGGGGGAAAUGGCUUAGUAACAUGCAAUAUGGAGUGUUUGGCCUAGGGAACAGGCAGUAUGAGCAUUUUAAUAAGGUUGCAAAGGUGGUGGAUGAGAUCCUUGCUGAGCAGGGUGCGAAGCGUCUUCUUCCUGUGGGUCUUGGAGAUGAUGAUCAAUGCAUUGAAGAUGAUUUCAGUGCAUGGCGAGAACUGGUAUGGCCUGAGUUAGAUCAGCUUCUAUGGGAUGAAGCUGAUGGCCCAACUGUUUCUACUCCUUACACUGCUGCUGUCUUGGAAUACCGUGUCGUAUUUUAUGACCCUGCAGAUGCACCAAUUAAUGACAAUAACUGGAGUAAUGCAAAUGGUCAUGCAGUAUACGAUGCUCAACACCCAUGCAGGUCUAAUGUUGCUGUGAGGAAGGAGCUUCAUACUCCUGCAUCUGAUCGUUCUUGCACCCAUCUUGAAUUUGACAUUGCUGGCACAGGACUUUCAUACGAAACAGGGGAUCAUGUUGGUGUUUACUGUGAGAAUUUAAUUGAGACGGUUGAAGAAGCUGUCAAGUUAUUAGGUUUAUCACCAGACACCUAUUUCUCCAUUCAUUCAGAUAAAGAGGAUGGAACACCAAUUAGUGGAAGCUCCUUGCCACCUCCUUUCCCUCCUUGUACUCUAAGAACAGCAUUGACUCGAUAUGCUGAUCUUUUGAGUUCUCCAAAAAAGUCUGCAUUGCUUGCUUUGGCCGCUGAUGCUUCUGAUCCAACUGAUGCUGAUCGUUUAAGACACCUUGCCUCUGCAGCUGGAAAGGAUGAAUAUGCACAAUGGGUAGUUGCAAAUCAGAGAAGCCUCCUUGAGGUCAUGGCUGAAUUCCCAUCAGCCAGGCCCCCACUUGGUGUCUUCUUUGCAUCAGUUGCCCAAAGGUUGCAGCCUAGAUACUAUUCAAUCUCAUCUUCCCCAAGGAUGGCACCAUCUAGAAUUCAUGUUACCUGUGCACUGGUUUAUGAGAAAACACCAACAGGUCGGGUUCACAAGGGAGUGUGUUCAACUUGGAUGAAGAAUGCUGUGCCCCUGGAGAAAAGCCAAGAGUGCAGCUGGGCACCCAUUUUUGUCAGGCAGUCCAAUUUUAAACUUCCUGCAGAUUCUAAAGUGCCCAUUAUAAUGAUUGGCCCUGGAACAGGAUUGGCUCCUUUCAGGGGUUUCCUUCAGGAAAGAUUUGCUCUUAAAGAAGCUGGAGCAGAACUGGGACCUUCCAUAUUAUUCUUCGGAUGCAGGAAUCGGAGAAUGGAUUAUAUUUAUGAAGAAGAGCUCAACAACUUUGUUGUUAGUGGUGCCCUUUCUGAGUUGGUGGUUGCCUUCUCACGUGAAGGACCGACCAAGGAAUAUGUGCAACAUAAAAUGAUGGAGAAGGCAUCAGACAUCUGGAACAUGAUUUCUCAAGGAGGUUACAUAUAUGUAUGUGGUGAUGCCAAGGGCAUGGCUAGAGAUGUCCACCGAAGUCUCCACACUAUUGUGCAAGAGCAGGUAUGCUAGGGGACAUAAAUUGUUAAGCUAUAUGAUUACUACUUGGGAUCUAUGGUGACAGUUGCCACCAACCUCACCACAUUUAGGCAGCGUGAUUUAAAAGUUGUCAUCUCCUUUACCAGUGCAUCCCAGUCGGUAGGAAGAUGCCAUCUUAGAUUAGAAACCUCCACCUCUCAUACAGAGUCGUCAAUUUUUUAUUAGUUGUAGACACCACUUUGCUUCCAUCUACUUAGCUGAAAAAAAAUCUACUUCUGCACGUGAGAUAACCCAUUUCUUUAUAUCACACUGCACAGCCAUACAGUUUCCCUCUUAAUAUCUAUAAUCAUAUAGUAGAACAUUAAUUAUUGGGUUGGUAAAAUCUUGUUGAUUUCAGGGAUCGCUAGACAGCUCAAAAGCAGAAAGCAUGGUAAAGAAUCUGCAAAUGACCGGCAGGUAUCUGCGUGACGUGUGGUGAUGAUUCCUCUUCAUAAGCAUUUUAAUAGGAGGAAAAUUUGAAAAGAAGUCGUGUAAGAGAAACUAUAUUUGGCAGCCAAAUUUAAUUUGACACAAAAUACUCGUAAGAAGGGUUACUUAUGAUAUCGGGGUGUUUCCACCCUUUAAAGCUAAAGGCCAAAUUAUUAUGAUCAUAGUCCUCGAUUCCGUGAUUCUUUUUUCUUUUUGGCUAUUCUAUAAGAUGGAUUUUUUUGUUCAUGCCUAAAUUAUAUAUAGAAUAUUUUAGAGGCUAGUUGCAUAGUUGAAUUUUGCAUGUAUGAACCAUCAACGUGGUUCAAAUGACAAGACAAGCAGUAAUGUAAUCAUGUUGGAUGGCUAAUUUAAGAUUGGCCUUUGUUUAUGGUAAGUGGCUAUUCAUUUGUUCAUUUGAGUUUUGAUGGUGUAAAGAAUUUGCCGACAUGUUGUGGCAGAU